CGCCUCCCUCCCUCCCCGCCUUACCCCCUGCGCCCACCAGGAGCUGCUCCUGGACGCCAACCAGCUGGGCGAUGCGGCGCUGCGGGAGCUGGCGGCAGCCGCACUCCCGCGCAUGCAGCAGCUGCAGAUCCUGCACCUGCAGCAGAACCCCAGUCUGGGCCCCGACGGCGCCGCGUCGCUGUCCUCCGCGCUGCCGCACCUGACGGCGCUGCAGCAGCUGGACCUGUCGCACAGCCACACGGGGGACAGCGGGGUGCGGCACCUGGCCAAGGCGCUCUCCGCCCUGCCCUCCCUCGCCCACCUCUCGCUGGACAGCUGCAAGAUCGGCGCCGAGGGCGCAACCCACCUCGCCGCAGCCCUGGGCCCUCCUCCCUUCCCCCAACACUCCGCUCCCCAUCCCUCCCAGCAGCAGCACCCGCGCAAGCAGCCGCCCCCGCCCUCCGCGCACAUUCCCUACCAACCGCCGCCGCCGCGACUCACCCGGCUGGACCUUGCAGGCAAUCAGUUGGGAGACAGAGGGGUGGCGGCCCUAGCGGAGGCCCUGGGUCGUAAUGCCGUACUGGCGUGUUUGGAUCUGCGGCGCAAUGCGGUUGGGCUGGUGGGGUGCCGGCGGUUGGAGGAGGUGCUGACGCGGCGUAACGCCAGCCUGAGGGUGCUGGCGCUGGCGGGGAAUGAGAUGGAGCCGGCGGACCUGAAGAAGCUCGAGGCGCUGGCAGCUUCCGAGCGCAUCCCGCCACCGCAGCAGCGGCCCUACUCCGCCGCAGCUCCCUCAUCCCCCUACCUCACCUCAGCCGCAGCCGCCUCCUUCCCCGCCAGCAACCAUAGGGCCCGAGGUGCUUCGGCGCAGGAGGAUACCCAAACACACCCUGCGGGCCCGCUAGGUGCCCAGUCUCAGGCGCAGCAGCUGCGUCGCUCCACGCCACCAACAGCCGCCGCCGCCCCCGCAGCAGCGACGGGUGGCAUGUUCGGUGUCUCCGGUGGCGGCGGCGGCGGCGGAGGGGUGGCUCUGAUGAGGUCUCAGGGCAGCAGCAGCGGCGGCGGCAGCGGUGGUGGCGGCGGUGGCGGAGGAAGAGAGGCAGUCACCAAGGUCACCGCAGCUGCUAUCGCACAGCGGAUGGCGGCGGAUGGCCUUGUUGCUGCUCCCUCCGCGUCUGCAUUGGCUGCCCGGCAAAGGCAGUUGACUGGGCGGCAGGGGCCUAGCGCCGGCGGUAGCGGCAGCGGCAGCAGCGGCGGGGGCGGCGUCGCUGCUGCGCUGGACAAGCGCCUGCCCAGGAACAUCCGUUCGAGCAGCAUGCCUUUCCUCCUCGAGGAUCAGCCGUCACUACCGUUUGCCUCCUCCACCUCCACCCCGCUGCCCCGCGCGGCUGCAGCUGCAGCAGCCGGGUCGGCUGCAGCGUUCGCAGCCCCGGGGGCCGGCGCUGCCUACGCCCCCAGGGCCUCUGUAGGUGGUGGUUUAGACAUGGGUGGCGGGUUCGGGUCGUUAGUGGUUGGUGAGGGAGGAGGGGCGCUUGGAGGGCCUUAUACGGUCGGUUCUUACACGGGCGUUAUCGGGGGCGAUGGAGAUGAGGACCUGGAAGCGCUUCUGAGCCGCUACCGCAGCCGCACUGCUGCGGAGGUAGAGUUGGGGGUG